CUGUGGUCAGUCACUCUCUGUCUUCAUUCCUAGACUAGAUCAGUAGGAAGUCUUCUAGUCCUACGACACUGAAGCCUGUGGCUCUUGCCCCAAGGAUCCACUUCAGACUGACCAAGUUUUCUUUCUCUGGCCACCCACGGGAGCCUAGGGCCUUUCACUGUGUGAUGCUGUGGCCACUCCUGCUGCCCCUGCUGUGGGCAGGGUCCCUGGCUCAGCAGGAAUAUGAGCUCUCGGUGACUACUUCAGUGACGGUGCAGGAGGGCUUGUGCAUCUUUGUGUCCUGCCAAGCUCAGUACCCCUCCAGUGGUUCCGUCUUUGGCUAUUGGUUCCAGAAUGGAGCCAAUGCAAACAAAGACUCUCCAGUGGCUACCAACAACCCAGCUCGCUCAGUACUGAAGAAAGUUCAAGGUCGAUUCCAUCUUGUGGGUGGCCAAGACACCCGUAAUUGCUCCCUGGACAUCAGAGAUGCACAGAAAGGUGACACAGGAGUGUACUUCUUCAGGGUGGAAGGAAGUGGUUCUAUGAAGUACAGUUUUCUACAGAAGACGCUCUCUGUAAAUGUGAUAGCUCUGACUAAGAUCCCUAAAUUCCAAGUCACAACCUCCCUGGUGUCUGGAAAGUCUACCCAACUGAUCUGCUCUCUGCCUUGGGCCUGUGAGCGGGGGACACCCCCCAUCUUUUCCUGGAUGUCAUCUGCCAUCACCUCCCUGGGCCACAGAACCACCCUCUCCUCAGAGCUGAACCUCACACCCAGGCCCCAGGACCACGGCGCCAACCUCACCUGUCAGGUGACCUUCCCAGGAGCUGGUUUGACUGUGGAGAAGACUGAACAGCUCAGUGUUGCCUAUGCUCCACAGAAGCUGACCAUCAGGGUGUCCAGGGGAGAUGAUUCAGAACCUAAGGUCCUGCACAGUGACUCAACUCUGCAAAUCCAAGAGAGUGAGUCCCUGCGCCUGGUCUGUGUGUCGGACAGCAAUCCCCCUGCCACGCUGAGCUGGAAACACCUGCCCCAGAAGUACCUCCCGCUCUCCACCCCUGAGGAGCUGCAUCUGCCUCGGGUGGAGUUGGAGGACGGUGGAAAAUACGUCUGCCAAGCUCAGAACCUGCUGGGUACCCAGGUGGCCUCUGUGAGCCUCAGCGUAAGGAGCCUUCUCCAGCUCCUGGGACCCUCCUGCUUCUGGGAGGCUGAGGGCCUGCACUGCAGCUGCUCCUCCAGGGCCUGGCCUCCCCCGUCCCUGCGCUGGCGGCUGGGGGAGGGGCUGCUGGAGGGGAACAGCAGCAAUGCCUCCUUCAAGGUCACCUCCAGCUCCACAGGACCAUGGGCCAACAGCUCCCUGAGCCUCUCCAUGGAAUUCAGGGCUGACCGUAGACUCAGCUGUGAAGCUUGGAAUGACAAUGGGGUGCAGGGCGCCACUAUCUUGCUGCUGCCAAGUAAAGAGGUCACAAAGGACAAACCUGAAACCAGUAGUGGAGGAUUGGUCCAGGGGGCCCUUUGGGGAGCUGGUCUCAUGGUUUUGCUCGCUGUCUGCCUCUGCCUCAUCUUCUUCAUAGUGAAGGUCCUCAGGAAGAAAUCAGCCUUGAAAGUAGCAGGCAUCGAGAACAACCCUCCUGCCGUAAAUGGCGGAAGCGUGAUUCUGCCCAGUGUCUCCGUGAGCUCCCCCACCCAGGUCCUCGGCCUUUCAGACCUAGGGCAUCUGUUCCCACAGCGCAUCAUCCCCGAUGCUCCCUCACAAUACCUGUGCCGCGUGUUCAACAUCAAGACCUACAGAAUGACAUUCAAACUCCCUGGGUUUCCUGAUCUGUCCUUGAGUGGAGCCUUAACCAUCGUCCAUGCAUCAGGUCACCUGAAUGCAUCAGGGUCACAGAACCAGAAAGAACAGCCGCGCCUUGACACAGCCCCACUCACCCUGAAGGAUGAGCUUGAACUCUACUAUGCCUCCCUCUCCUUCCAAAGCCUGCGGCCCCGGCAGCCACAGAACGAGCAGUCCAUCAAGUCUGAUUACGCAGAGAUCAAGAUCCACAAGUGCUGACCUUCCUUGCCCCAUGAGCCCCAGCACGGCUGGAGUCCCAGGAAAGCAUGGCUGGGGACAGCGAGUUUUAGGGGGAGACUGAUAUCAGUGGCCUCUAAGCCAAAGUCUAUGAAGGGGAAGAAGGGAGUCUCAGAAGGAAUGAAGGCCAUAGAGAGUCCUGGGUUUGAGUCCAGAUUCAGUAUUACCCCACAGAAGCCACCUUCCCUCUCUGUGCCCUCUCUUCCUCCUCUGUAAAGUAGGGUCAUAUUCGUGCGCUGUGUCGAGAAGAAAAUGUAGUGUUUAUUGUUGAUUGUGAUGCUUUAUGUUGCCUCAGCAGAAGGAGGGACAUUCCGACUUCAUUGCACACUUGGAUUUUACUUGCAUAUUUUUAAGAACGUAUGUUAAUUCUUAAAGUGAUUCUGUUUUGAAGUAUGACAAUGUGACAGCUACAUGUAUCGCAGAUUGGACUCAGACUGGAUGUUCUGCAGUCUCUGAAAGAUCACACAGAUGCCAUGUAGAUCCCAGACUACUGUAUCCAGCAAGGUUAUCAAUCACAGGGCAUAAAGCUAAUAUAUAAAGACCUUCCACAAAUCACUAAAAACAGCAGACAAUCCAGUAAAAAAUAGCAUAGGUGACUGGCCAGCAAGCAGAAAGGUGAUCAGUCAUUGCUUGUCAAUGAAAGAUAAAUAACUACCAAACUGUGCAGGAGUUCUGCUCACAACCGCAAGAUGCAGCUGCUCAUCAGGCCUACGCAGCGCGUUCAGGGAAGGAUUGGGGAUAAAGCUCAGCAGUGGAAGGGUUGCCUAGUACGUCUGAGACCCUAAUGUGUUUGAUCUCAAGUCCUAUAAAAACAGUGAAAUGCACCCAAUGCCCAUCAGAAGUAAGACAGACAAACAAGUUACAUAAUGUUUAUGGGAUGGAAAAAUAGCAUCUUGUACAUGUGUGAGUUUUGCAAAUGUAACACUGAGUGAUAUAAUCCAGACACAGGGUCUCUAGUGUAUUAUGUUAUUAGCACAAAGCUUAAAAACAGGAAAACUCAUCUUUGGCAUUAGAACUGGAUUCUUGCUUGUUUGCUUUUUGCGAUUUAUUGGAAAUAGAUUCUCUUCUCACACAA